AUGAGUAAAAGAUCACAUAUAAGUGCCGAGAGUGCAACCAAGAAGGUUUCCAAGACUCAUGCUGCUCAUAUUAUCAAUGAACAAAAGGAUUAUUCUGCCAGAUAUAUUAGUGCAGAACCUCUUGACAUUUUUUGUUGGGGUACAGGCUCCAUGUGCGAAUUAGGAUUAGGUCCAUUAGCUAAGAACAAAGAAGUUAAGAGACCAAGAUUGAACCCCUUUUUACCUAGAAAUGACAUUAAGAUCGUUUCUUUUGCUGUAGGUGGUAUGCAUACCAUUGCUUUAGAUGCAAAUAACACUAUCUGGUCCUGGGGUUGUAAUGAUGUUGGUGCACUUGGAAGAGACACUAGUGGUGCUAAGGAGAAAUUGAAGGAUAUGGAUGGUGAAGAUUCUAGUGAUGAUGACGAUGGAGAUUUGAAUGAAUUGGAGUCUACACCAACUAAGAUUGACAUGAGUGUGUUCCCUGAAGGUGCCAAGAUCGUUCAAUUAGCUGCUUUGGAUAAUUUAAGUUGUGCUUUGUUGGAUAAUGGUGACGUUUUCGCAUGGGGUACAUUCCGUUGUAACGAAGGUAUUUUAGGUUUUUACCAAGAUCAAAUUAAAAUUCAAAAUACACCAUGGAAUGUUCCAAGUUUCUCCAAGUACAAUAUUGUUCAAAUGGCUAGUGGUAAGGAUCAUAUUCUUUUCCUUGAUGAAGAAGGUGUUGUCUUCGCCUGGGGUAAUGGUCAACAAAACCAAUUGGGUCGUAAGAUCAUGGAUAGAUUCCGUUUGAAGACUUUGGAUCCAAGACCAUUUGGUCUAAGACAUGUGAAAUAUAUUGCAAGUGGUGAGAAUCAUUGUUUUGCAUUGACCAAUAAGGGUAAGUUAGUCAGUUGGGGUUUAAACCAAUUUGGACAAUGUGGUACUUCUACUACUGUUGAAGAUGGUUCUCUUGUCACGAAGCCAACUAGCGUCAUUCUACCUUCUGGUGUCGGUGAAGGUUCUCAAAAGAUUAGAGCCAUUAGUGCCGGUGAACAUCAUAGUUUAAUGUUAUUAGAAGAUGGAUCAUUAUUGAGUUGUGGACGUCUAGAUAUGUGUGAAAUUGGUAUGGCUCGUGAUCAAUUACCAGAGUCUACAUACAAGGAUGAACAUGGUAAAGCAAGAUCAGUUCCAAUUUUCACUAAAUUAGAAAACGUUCCAUUAUUUAAGGGUAUUUCAGCUGGUUCCCAUCAUAGUGUUGCCAUUUCACAAAAUGGUAUUGCUUAUAGUUGGGGUUUUGGUGAAACUUAUGCUGUCGGGUUAGGACCUGACGAUGAAGAUAUUGAAAUACCAACAAGAAUUAAGAAUACAGCUACUAAGGAUCAUAGAAUCGUCUUUGUUGGUUGUGGUGGUCAAUUCAGUGUUAGUGGUGGUAUUCCACUAAGUUCCGUGGAAAGUGAAGAACGCCGUAAAGAAAUGGGCGAUGAAGAGUGA